CAAACUUCACCUGACACAGCUCCCUGAGCUUCUCCCAUUGCCAUUUCUUCCCUUCUGCCAAACGGCCAGCUAUAGCUCCCCACGUCCAUUAGGGGACUGCGGCCACCCAUCCAGCCACCCUCCCGCUUGGGCUGGGCUCCACCAAAAUGCAGCACUUCCCCAAAAUGUACCCAGGCAGCCGCGAAGCAGCUUCUCAGCCUGAAGCUCUGAGAACUUUGGAACUCACUCUCCCAACCGCUUCAGACGUGGUUGCCCCGCCACUCAUCCAGAGCCAGGAUUCCUGCCUCACUCCCAUUCCCACGGCAUCCGAGAGGCCACCCACAACACUUGCGGUCUCUCCGUUGGUCACUUUUUCUAGGCCUGCAGGAGACGAGCUGGGAGAAGCGCUGAGCGACACCCCGACCCUUGAAGAACACCUACGUAAGGUGCGGGGCGAGCUCUAUCACCUCCGAUGGAGCGCAAAGGAUGUCGCCGAGCGUGCCGUCCAGGAAGCCUUGAAGCAGGCUAAGCUCCCAGGCUUUACCGGACAGGCUGUGCAAGAGAUAAUCGAUCAUGUCGUGGAGAAGGUGGAAGAAAACCAAGUCCCGAUGCCUGAUUAUGCCCUCAAAUCAUCAGGGGCUGCUGUCAUUCAUUCACGGACUUCUCCAUCCCUCUGGAAUACAAAAGGAAAAGUCUUUUUGUAUUCCCUGCCGCUGGUGGAUUACGUGAGGUCUCCAGAGGUUAUCCUUGAGCCGGACAAUCACCCGGGAAACUGCUGGCCCUUCCCAGGAAGUCAGGGACACGUCCUGAUCAAGCUGUCCGUGCCAAUCACUCCCAGAGCUGUCACCAUGGACCAUGUUUCAGGGAGCGCGUUCCAUCGAGACAGCAUCCCCAGCGCUCCAAAGGACUUUGCUGUCUACGGCCUGAAGGAAGGACGUGAGGAGAAGGGCACGUUCCUGGGAGAGUUCACGUUCCUGGCAGCGCUGAAUCCCAGACAGACCUUCCAGCUGAAGCUUCAGCGCUCAACAAGCGCCGCAGUCGAAGCUGAAAUCAGCUUGAUCGUCUGGACUCCAAGCGCAUACAAGCGGCCACAUCCCGUAGUGUGCGCUACUACUGGCCUGCUGGUUCAAGCCUAG